GCGCGCUCGAGAGCGUCUCAUCAGUUUGAGAAGAGCGCGUGCAACGCUGUGCCUGACGUCUCGCGGAGCACUUUCAACCUGCUACUGACAUCAAAGAGACAGAGACCGGGUUUAUCAUCAAACUCACACUGUUUGAGGAUCUCGAUCAUUGGAUUUGAGUGGUACAAACAGACCGGAGGCUGCUGCUGGAGGUUCUCAACCAACUAUUUGGGAUGAAUCGCUCUACGGCCGCUUUACUUUUGCUGGUGAUCGCCGUUUAUUCACUCAAUACAGAGGCAUACAAAUGCAGAUGCACAAGAAAAGGCCCGAAGAUCCGGUACAAAGAUGUACAAAAGCUGGAGAUCAAGCCUAAACAUCCGUACUGCCAAGAAAAGAUGAUAUUUGUCACCAUGGAGAAUGUGUCCCGUUUCAAAGGUCAGGAGUAUUGUCUGCACCCCAGACUCCAGAGCACUAAGAACCUUGUCAAGUGGUUCAAAAUCUGGAAGGACAAACACAGGGUGUACGAGGCCUAAUCGCUCUACAUUAUUCACGAGGCUGAAAACGUUGUGGGAUACACAGCACUACCAGUGAACUGUGGAUGACCAGAGGACCAAUUUUUUAAAAGCAUGACAAAGCAUAUACCCAGACAAGCUUAUAAUAAAAGCACAUCAGUCCAUUUGAUUAAGUUAUAUUAAUGUGGAAUAAUUUAUAGUCAUACAAAAAUGUUUCUUAUACAAUGUAAUUGAGCCAAAUGUGCAGUUAUGGCAGAGAAACGUUUCUGUGAAUCAGCGUCAUCUGUAAGAAGUGAUCAUUACAUUUUGCAAUGUGUAAUGUUUUCUGAAGCAUCAGUUUUUGGUCUGAUUUAUUGUGUUGUGGCAUAUAAAGGGGUCCUGACACUAUAUUUGGAUACUGUCUGGUUUGAAUCCACUGUGAUAUACUAUCCACAAGUGUCAAAGUAGAUCUUAGAGUUUCACAGUACUAUAAAAAGAACAGAAAUAUAGAGGAUGUGUAAAUAAUAUCUUCAAAGACUUUACUGUGUUCUAUGCCAACAUUUAACCAGUAAAAGGAGGCAAAGUG